ACGCUCCACCGCCCUGACCCUAAGCUGCGUCUCGUGGGGUCUCCUCCCGAGUUUCCGGGAAGACUCAGAAGAAAGGGGGCCGAAAGGAGCUCCCACCCCGUUCCCGGCUCCCGAUUCCCAGCCGAUUUUUCCUCCAACGCGGCCCCCCCCCCCCCACACACACAGACGCACACAGCGCAAGGAAGCACCCACCCCCGCCGGCGAGGAAGUGGGCGGAGUCCGGUUUUGGCGCCAGUAGCGGCGGUUGCGAAGCGGACGCGUCUCCGCCGAGGAGCCUCCGGUCGCUGAGCUCGCUCCCUGCUCGGCUGCUCCCUCCCCGCCGGGGCCCGCCGGGCGCCAUUCCGACGACGUAAUAGCUCUUCAAGUCUGCAAUUAAAAAUGGCCUCCAAUAAAACUACAUUGCAAAAAAUGGGAAAGAAACAGAAUGGAAAGAGUAAAAAAGUUGAAGAGGCUGAGCCUGAGGAAUUUGUGGUGGAAAAAGUACUGGACCGACGUGUAGUGAAUGGAAAGGUGGAGUAUUUCCUGAAGUGGAAGGGAUUUACAGAUGCAGACAAUACUUGGGAACCUGAAGAAAAUUUAGAUUGUCCAGAGUUGAUUGAAGCAUUUCUUAAUUCUCAAAAGGCCGGUAAAGAAAAAGAUGGUACAAAAAGAAAAUCUUUAUCUGACAGUGAAUCUGAUGAUAGCAAAUCAAAGAAGAAAAGAGAUGCUGCUGAUAAACCAAGAGGCUUUGCCAGAGGUCUUGAUCCUGAACGAAUAAUUGGUGCCACCGAUAGCAGUGGAGAAUUAAUGUUUCUCAUGAAAUGGAAGGAUUCAGAUGAGGCAGAUUUGGUGUUGGCAAAAGAGGCAAAUAUGAAGUGCCCUCAAAUUGUAAUUGCUUUUUAUGAAGAAAGACUAACUUGGCAUUCUUGUCCAGAAGAUGAAGCUCAAUAAUUGUAUGCAUUGCUUUUUAUAUAUAUUUAUACAUAUAUAUAUAAAAUCUGGGUCUUACUUUGGGGGGGGGGUUGUUUUUUGAUUUAUUGUGACAACAUUCUAAUGAAAAUCAAGUUAAAUGUUUUAAAAUAGUAUGGGGAGGAUUUUGUUUGUUUUGCAUCUAUAGCACUGGUUACUUUGAACAAAUAAAAACUUUCUGUAGUUGCUUCUUUUAUCAGAAAAGAACAUUUGAUACCAUAGCAUAUUACUUUCUCUGAAUGUUGGGGACAACAUUACUCAAUUGGGAUUUGUGUUUAACUCACAUGCCUAAAGACCCUACUCUUUGUUCGUGUGUGUGUUUACAAAAAAAAAAAAUGUGUAAAUGGUUUUGUUUAAGCAUUUCACCAGACAAAACAGCAUUUUGCAGCCAUGAAUAAGCCAUCGUUUUUGAGCUAAGUAAAUCACUUAAUUAAAUUGAAAUGUUUCCUGAAGCCUUAACUUCCAAAUGAAAAAAUAAUUUUGUAAUUGGAUACUUUUAAGUAUAAUGUGAACAAUUAAGAUGAACCAUUUAAAGCAAUCAUAUCAAAAAUCUCUAUAUCUACAAUUGUGUGUUUGUUAAAAAAAAAAAAAUCCAAAAGGAAAAAUUUCUAUCAACAGUGUUUUUGAUUCGGCAAGCAAAACUUGGUAGUGUGCAUAUUUUAAAAUUCCUUCUAGUGAAUCAUUCAUAAGAAGUUAGAAUCCUUCAUCUAUUGAUUUUGAAAACUCGUGAUUCAUGGGACUUGAGACUUUAUUCAUGGAAACCUAGUGGCUAGUGAUGUUGGCAAUUUAGGGCCUACCGGAAUAAGUGGGUAAACAAACCUUUGUAAUCUAAACUUUUGACCUGCAUGUUUUUUUCUUUAGCCCAGCUCAUUCCUCACAUGUAGGCUCUAUCGUCUCAGUAUUUGGGUUACUGGUUCAGCAGAAACCAAACAAAAACAAUACUUUGUAGUAAUCAGAAUGUUAUCCAACUGUAUAUUGUUUAUUUUAUUGUAAAUACUGGUGAACAGUGGUCAAUAAAUAGUUUUAUAUUC